CUUUUGUUGCCAACUGUCAAGUAAUGAAAAGGAGAGAGUGAGAGUGAUGAUGAAAAUGGUAGAAGAAGAUUAGAACUGAAUCAAUGCUAUGAUAUAAAGAAGAUAACAGAUACCAGUUAAUGAGGUUUCAUUAACUACUAUUUACCAUUACUCGCUCUUCUCUCCCAACCCAAAAAGAAAGGCUGUAGUGUCAGUUUUGGCGUGCUUAACACUCACCAAUGUCCUGAAUGUGCUUGCUUUCCUUUCCUUUCCCUUCCUUCUGAAAUUGAAUGUUCUGCUACUUACUUUCUUACCAAAAAUUAAUGAGCAAAAUGCAUUAGGAAUGGUGUGGCAAACCAGCCAAAAAAGUGGUAACAUUGAAGCUUGCAAGGUUUUCAAACUUCAACGGUAAAAGAGAAAAAAAGAAGAAGAAAAGGAGUGGCUUAAAAAAAUAAAUCAUUGUUGCAAGUAUAAGAAGAUAGGUAGAUAUAUACGUGUUGGAUUUGGAACUUGUAGCUUUAGAGGCACUAGAUGAUGGUGUUGGUGUUGUGAAUCUUGAAGUGGCUUUAAAAAAAGGAAGAAAAGGGAACAGAGGAAUCAGAAAGUGAAAAGGAUAAAAGAAAUUAUGGGAAAGUGAGGUGGAGUCAGAUUUGUGUGUGUGGUGUGUGUCUGAUUUGAGAAUUGUUUAGUGAGACUAGUCUGUUGGCUAUGUCCCCUGAGCUGACUCGGUGCGCCCGGACUCCGUGGGCUUUGCCGACGACCAAGGAAACAAACUCUUACUGCCUUCUCUUCCCAUUUAAGAGAACCUUUACUUAAAAAAUUGGACAAUCCCCAUCUUAGAACAUUUUCUUACAUAUAUAAUUAUAUACCACUCUCUCUUUGAUUCAGCUUCUGCCUUUGUUUGCUGUCAAGAUUCGGUCACACUCCUUUGGUAUUUAAGCUGUUCCUCCACAUACCAUUUCUUUAUUACUCACUGAAAACCAAGAACCUUGGAUGCAUAUCUCACUGUGAGUUGGCUGGGGUAGUAGACUCUUCUCUUUCCUUAUCUGGUAAAUCUUCAUACAUAGAGAGGGAUGUUUGGUGGACCUAACCGGAGCUUGUUGGACUUUGCAUUCAGCUUUUGAUUGGUGGAGAGUGGUCUUUUUCUUCUUUGAGUUGUCAUCUUCAGAGAGGAAGCAGAUCUUAUAUUGUUAAAGAUGAAGUUCAUGAAACUUGGUUCUAAGCCAGAUACCUUUCAGACUGAUGGGAACAAUGUCAGGUAUGUGGCCAGUGAGUUGGUAUCAGAUAUCAUUGUUAGUGUUGGGGAUGUAAAGUUUUAUUUACAUAAGUUCCCUCUUCUAUCAAAGAGUGCUCGCUUACAGAAGAUGAUCUCCCUCAGUAAUGAAGAAAAUGUAGAUGAUGUCCAAAUUGGUGACAUUCCGGGAGGCGCAAGUGCCUUCGAGAUAUGUGCUAAGUUCUGCUAUGGGAUGACAGUUACCCUGAAUGCUUACAAUGUAAUAGCAACUCGAUGUGCAGCAGAGUACCUUGGAAUGCAUGAGACAAUUGAGAAAGGAAACCUCAUUUACAAGAUUGAUGUUUUCCUUAGCUCUAGCAUUUUCCGUAGUUGGAAGGAUUCGAUCAUACUUCUUCAGACUUCAAAGUCUAUGCUACCAUUGGCUGAGGACUUAAAGGUGGUGAGCCAUUGCAUUGAAUCUAUAGCCAACAAGGCAUGUGUUGAUGUAUCCAAAGUUGACUGGUCUUACUCCUACAACCGGAGAAAGCUUCCGGAGGAAAAUGGGAUCGAUUCAGAUCCGAACGAAAUCAGAACUCGGAUAGUACCAAAAGACUGGUGGGUUGAAGAUCUAUGUGAGCUUGAAGUUGAUUUGUACAAGUCUGUAAUUACAAGUAUUAAAAGCAAGGGAGUUCAGCCUAAUGAGGUAAUUGGUGAAGCUUUGAAAGCUUAUGCUUACAGAAGAUUACCAAGUUUCACCAAGGGAAUGAUCUCCUGUGGAGACAUAUCAAAGCAACGGCUAAUAGUCGAAACAAUCCUAUGGUUGUUACCUACUGAGAAAGGCAGCAUCUCUUGUAGGUUCUUACUCAAGUUGUUAAAAGCUGCCAUUUUCGUAGAGUUAGGGGAUAAGGCUAAAGAAGAGCUUGUAAGGAGAAUUGGGCAGCAACUGGAGGAGGCUUCUGUUAGUGAUAUUUUGAUUCGAGCACCGGAUAAAGAAACUACAAUCUAUGAUGUCAGUAUAGUCCAGAAAAUUUUAAGAGAGUUCUUCAUGAAAAAUCACAACACUGAGAUCGAAUCAAUAGGUGCUGGUGAGCUUGUGGGGAUAAGAAAUCCCGGGAUUUUAUCCGAUGCUUCCAAGCUUAUGGUUGCAAAACUCAUAGAUGGAUACCUUGCCGAAGUUGCAAAGGAUCCCAAUUUACCUUUGUCAGAUUUUGUUGAUCUUGCUGAUCUAGUGUCGAGCAUCUCUCGUCCUACUCACGAUGGCCUUUACAGGGCCAUCGACACGUAUCUUAAGGAGCACCCUGGGAUCAGCAAAGGUGACAAAAAGAGGAUUUGCAAACUAAUGGAUUGCAGAAAACUGUCUGUUGAUGCCUGCAUGCAUGCAGUGCAAAAUGAGAGGCUACCAUUGCGAGUUGUUGUGCAGGUACUUUACUUUGAGCAGGUAAGGAGUGCUGCAUCAUCCGGUACCAGCACGCCCGACAUACCUAAAGGACACAAGGAUUUGAGCAAUGUAUCUAACGCUAGCUCGAGGUCCGGGACAACCAAUCCGGAAGACGAAUUGGAUGCUGUGGCCACAGCUGAGGAGCUGAAGGCAUUAAGAAGGGAACUUGCAUCAUUGAGGAUGAGCAAUGGUGGUGGUGGUAAUGAGAAAGAUGUAGAUAUCAAACCAAACAUGGACAAAGCUGUGAUUGGAAAGAUGAAAGGGUUGCUCAGGUCAAAGAAGUCAUUCAUAAAGAAAUGGGCCAGCAAAGGAGGACAAGGUGAAAAUAGUGGCUCUGAUUCAUCAGAUAGUAUUGGUUCUGCUAAUCCAGAAGAAGUUAAAUCCACUCCAUCCAGAAAUAGGAGACAUUCAGUUUCAUGAAAUUAAGUUUGGUGUAUUUUCUUUGCCUCUUUUUUGUUUUUGUUUUUGCUUGUUUCUUUUGCUUAGUUUCUUAUGCCAAACAUGACCCCAACACUAAGGUACAUAUAGUUUAAAAAUAGCAGAAUUGUGUAGAUUGGAAAAUCAUGUAACCAUGACAUCAUUAUCCUAUGAAAUUGAAAGUAGCUAUAUUAUUUAAUUGCAA